UAAGUGGGCAGGCUGGGCAGGCAGCAGGUUUUAUUGGAGCAGGAUUGAAGACAGAAUGGACAUCGCCAUCCAGCUUCCCUGGUUUCGCCGCUCCUUCUGGCCAUCCUUCUUUCCCAGCAGGAUCUUUGACCAGCACUUUGGGGAGCAUGUCUCAGAAAGUGACGUUCUGGCACCCCACCCUUCGCUGUACUCUUCCCGUCCUUCUUUCUUUCGCUGGCCCAGUUGGGUGGAGAGUGGGCUCUCAGAGAUGAAAAUGGAGAAGGACAAAUUUACGAUCAAUCUGGACGUGAAGCACUUUACACCUGAGGAGCUGAAAGUAAAGAUCAGCGGGGAUUACAUCAAGGUUCAUGCUAAACAUGAGGAUCGUCAGGACGACCACGGUUUCGUCUCACGGGAGUUCGUCCGAAAGUACCGCCUCCCAUCAGGAGUGGACCCUGCCAGCGUCACGUCGUCUCUCUCUUCCGAUGGCGUGCUGACCGUUACAGCGCCUCGUAAGGUCUCCGACGCUCCAGAGCGCACCAUUCACAUUUCUCAUGAUGACAAGAUCGUCGUGGCCGGCCCAAAGAAGAAGUAAAGCAGCCAGCCAACAUAAUAAUGAUUAUAAUAAUAUUCCCUGAUUAGUUGUGUUCUCCCUUUAUUCCUGAAGCUCUGAGAGGAUAACCCACUAAUCUACGGUGCCCCGGCCUCCUCUAACAUUACAAGACGUGGUCAAGCAUUGGACUUAAAUCUUCAAGACCCGUCUUACCUAGAUUUUUUUACAUUCCUGGAACAUAAUCAAUAGUAUUGUCUUAUCAUUUUCAAUUCCAGACCUUUAAUCAAGAGACACAUCACACCACAAGGGUAUUGUUCGCGCCCCACGGCUGCUUGACAUUCACCGAACAAAACACUGCCAAACAAAAGGGCUCUUUGAUUCUCAUAGCCGGUUGAGGAUAAACAAUGACCGCACAGUCAUGAAUUGUGUCUGCAUGAUGUAGGUAGACUGGGAUUUUACACUAUUUUGGACAUUCAACAAGACUAAAUGGUAAAACAAACAUAAAAAGGACAGUAUGUAAAUGUUUUGACCUAUAAUCUUGCAUUUUUAAGAAGUGAAAGGUGUGAUCUUUAUGGUUGGAAAGGUUUUGUGUUUCAAACACAUCAACAGUAGGAGUUCUGUGGUCUGAUUUGAAGAAAAGUUGAUGACACUGCCUGAGACUCUAAACACCCAUUACAGUAUCACCUCUGUGGAGACAGUACCUUAACCAGACACUAGACGUCGCUACUUCGCGAUUGUAAUGAGUUUUAAUGAGAACGUUGUUUCUACCAGACGAUUUGAUCCAACAGUUGAUUUAACAGAGACAACUUGGCGGUGGGCAUUGAACCAGUGACCUUUCGUUCAACAGUCCAACUCCAGAGCUAGCACUGUUAAGUUUAAAUGUCAUGAAAUCCUCCACAGCAAAAGUAAACAGCAUUCUUACAUGUGGGACGGUGCUGUAGUAUAUAAUGAUGGUAAAUAAUCUCUGAAGGUCUGAUGUAUUCUGUGGUGGUUUUGACAACAUAGCAAGUUGUAAAUUAACGGUAGCAGUUCCGUUGCGCCUUUCACUUUUAGAGCAUUUAAAUGGCAUACAAAACAGCACCAAACAGCACAGUUAGCCAUGAAAAUAAAUGAAUGUUGACGAGUGUUUGUAAGCGUAAAUAUUCAAGUCUUUUUGUGUCAAAUACCAACAUUGGAAAAGCUGCUAAAACUACAUAACGACGCAAUGCUAACACAGAUCCAUGUGCUGAUUCAUGUGACGUACUUUGGGUUCUGGUUUCAUCGCUACGAGACCAGUUUCCUUCCCUGCAACCACUGGAACAAGUGCUGGUCUCAGUGUCUCAAUGUCAGUGUUGAGGAUUUAACCCACAGCUACUUCUUUCCUUCUUCCUUCACAUUCCUGUUGAUUCAGAGUGCUAAGCUAAUGGCUACCUGUGUGCAGCGAUGGCUACCAAAUAAAUAAAUGCCGUAGUUAUUAAAA